AUGAAGAAGUACAUGUACAUCGCAGAGCAGUGGCCAGACGUGGUGCUGCUGCAGAUUUUUGGGGACGAGAGCCCAGACACGCGCAAGAUGAUGGUCAGCAUGAAGGUCAAGGUGACGCCAACCUUCACCCUGUACCGCGGCGGCAGCGCCGUGGCCACGGUGUCCGGCGUCAGCGAGGUCAAACUGCUGCGCGCGAUGGUUGACCAGAUGCAGCCGCGGGAGCUGGAGGGCCACGAGGAGGACCUGCUGGAGCUGGAGGUGGCGGAGGCUGAGCUGGCGGCGCAGGAGGAAGCCGAGAGGAAGCUGAAGGAUGCAGCGGCACACUGA